ACAUGCUUUGUUCAUUUCACAAGCAUUCACAUGUACUUGGUUCUUCUUUUAUAUGCAUAUCCUAUUAAUAAUUUUUCAUUAGGUUCCUUAAACAACCAAUGCUCUACCUUACAGCAAAUACAAUUUUUUUGUCUCCUAGAAAUAAUAGAUAUUAAUUUUUAAUAUUCUAUCCUCUUCUACUCCAGAGAGUUUUUAAAGUUGGUGCAAGAAUCUCCGGGUCUAUUGGCUAUUACUUAACUCCACAAGCUUCAACCUUAGUCUGUGGUAGAUCACCUAAAGGAGAUGCUAAUGCUUGCUUUGAAGUGUUCAGCACUAUCAAUGGAAGGGUUUCUAUUCUGGCUUAUUGGAGGAAGAGAUAUGCUCGUUGCAGGUGGACCUGGAGGGGCCCAAGAUGCAGUACAAAUUGGACUGGAAGGAACAGGUAUGGUCCAUUCUCCCGCAAUUGGAGGCUCUACAACAGGAGGAGGAAGUUGUUUGGUUUGUGCAGAGUCUGUGAUUGCUAUGGGAGCUACUUCCUUAAUGUUCUCUGCAAGGGAGGACGUAUUGGAGCCUCCACCUGUCGCUGUAGCACCAAAUACAGUGGAUAAUAAUAAUAACUGAUGAUGAGGAACUGAUGUAGUUUAGUGUAGAACAAUAUAGGACUAUUGUUUCUGUUAUUACUUUUUGCAACGUAGCUAUUAUAGUUAUAGUUUAGUUAUUGAUUUUUGUGAAGAGUAGUUUUAUUUGCA